GUAAUGACACAGAGGGGGAGGCCCAUUCACAUUUCCUGCAGUGAGACCUUACUUUUUCAACUGUUACGGGUUUUGGUCGAGGACCAGCUUUCACCAUGAAGUACAGGACGGUGGUGAUGUACGUGGAGAUCGGCUGCUUCGUGUCCUGCCUAUGUGGCUGGAUUCUGGUCUCUUCCACUCUUCCCACAGAGUACUGGACUUUCUCAGAGGUGGGCACACUAGUGCUGACCACCUCCAACUACUACUCCAACCUGUGGAUGGACUGCAUCUCAGACACCACGGGGGUGUCUGACUGCAAAUACUACCCCUCCAUGCUGGCCCUGCCUGCGUUCUUGCACGCCUGCAGAGCACUGGCGGUCUGUGCUGUCAUUACAGGCUUCUUCGGGGGCGUCCUCACACUCAUAGGGAUGAAAUGUACUAAAAUAGGCGGGACAGAGAUUGUCAAUUCAAGGGUGACAUUUUCUGGUGCUAUUACCUACCUGGCUUCAGGGGGCUGCGGCAUGAUCACCUACUCGUGGUGGGCUAACAGAGUCAUAACUGAAUUUAAGGAUCCAAAUUUCAGGGCACAGAAGUUUGAACUUGGAGCGGCAAUUUUUGUUGGCUGGGGAGGAUCCCUUCUUCUUAUUUGUGCAGGGGCGGUGCUGGCCUAUUUGUCUGGGAAAGAACUCGUACCAUCAUGCAUCAGCUCCAACCAAAGGCCAGAGAGACCAGUUUCCUACGCCACUGCCCGUACCAUGCGUACAUACAUGAUGCCGCCCCCAUCCUCCAGAGUGACACUAGUGCCCCCACUGUAUAACAAAGGCAUGAAUGGCCGAACAACCAGAGCAACAAAUAAGACAGAUCAAACCUUGGGCAGAGACAGCUUCGUCUGAGCCAGAGGGAACCAAGAGUGAAGAAAGAAAACGUAUGAUUACUCAUACAAUAUGAAGCUGUAGCAUAAAGACAUUGCUCUUACUGGUUGGUGUUGUAAAUAACAUUUGAGUCCCAUGACAGAACAAGGUGUAUUUUGUUUAAAAAUUGGCCAACCUCCUCAAAAUUCCAUGUCUCCAAUCAUCUUUGUACAAGUUCAGUUGCUAAUAUAAGUUAUAAAAUGUUUAACAAUUGGCCUUUAAUUUAUUACUGGUGCAUUU